AUGAUUGGCGGAAUCAUCUCCACAGUCAAACUCUUUUCCUUUCUCGUCACCUACGAAUUCUGGAGCCGGCUCGGAUUCUUCGUCGGGUAUAUCGUCACUUUCCUGCUGGUACUCGAGGUCACACGCCUGGCAAACACCGAUGCACACAGGAAGCAAGUCGAGAAGGUGCUCGACUCCUAUGCGGCAUCGCGAUCAGAAAGCGAACCCCGGCGCCCGCGUCCAGCGCCCGAGUUGAAGAAAGUGUCUCUUGAAGAACUCGAAGAAAUGGAACGACAAAGCAUGAUUGCAGAAAAGGAAAGGCGAGCACGAACACCAAGUCCCGCCGUCACUCGUGUACCAGAACCCGAGUCUGUACAGAUCGACGAAGAGAGAAGACGGAGACGAGCAGCCUCCACAGCCGCCCCGCCAAAGACAUCAUCAGCGUCAAGAUCUGCCUCGCAAUCGCGUCCUCAAGCGCAAACGCCAAGCCCAACCCGUCGUCUCAGGAAACGUAGCGACACACUCAACUCGUCCAGCAGCACCGAGUCCAAAGACGCUGCUGCGAGGAGAAAGCGCCGUGAGGCCUCGCCUGCCGAGUCCAAGACCUCAUCUAGACAUGCGAGUCCUGCGCCUAAGAGCAGGAGCAAGGAAAGUAGGACCCUGGGAGCGUCGUUGGGGAAGAUGCUGAGGAGUAGAGGAGCAACUGUGAUUGUUUUGGAGAAGAGGGAAGACAAGGAACGGAUAACGGGAUAUCACAACAACCUUGUUGGGGAAAAGUAUGAACUUUUGCAUACCAGCGGUACCCGGGCGCGACAAGUACCUGCUACCUUGGGUUUCAGCGCACACGGGACGCGAUAUGACUAUCCGUCUCGCUUGACGCAUCGUGGAAAGCUAUGUGUGUCAGCAGCAUACCACAUGAAUUGGGGUAUUUGUCCGCCGAGGCUAGAAACGGCGAGCGUCGAGCGCGACAUUGGUUUCGAGCCAGUGAUGUUGAAGCGGGCAAAGAUACUCUGAAUGGCUGGAUACAAUCCACACGCCUUCAAUGAGAAGCACAAAUCACGAUAUUUCUCCCUUCCAUGGCAUUCCAUUGCGUGAAUAUACAGACUCCACCAUGCCCUUACCCUUACCUUGCACAAAACAACGCACCCUAGCUGUCCAUCCACCAUCCGCCGCUAUCCCCAAGCCCACGGGGUAUAUACAGCACAGCACAGUCCACGAUGCCUAGCCCAAAUGAUGCAAGAAGUAACAAGUUUCAUCACAUAAGCUUUUUCAAUCGCGUUGUCAGCUUACCCUUUUCCCCGCCGCCAACGAUACCCAGCAACCGACCUAUUACUAACAAACUGCAAUUAAAAGUCGCUUGCAAAGCCAGCCACAUACCCUCCUCCAGAGUUC